UACUACUAAACUAUUGGUGAUAAAUUAAGUGUGUUGUUUUUAUUUUAUAUUUUUAAAUAGCAAGAUUUGUCUGAAUCUUUUUGUUGAAUAGUUAGUGUAAAUACAGUGCAGUGGUGAAAGCCUAAAUGACAUUGCACUGCUUUUCGGUAGUGUCGUUAAGCUAACAACGCAGUCAUGAAUCGGCAACUAUGGGCCUCCUCCGGGUGACUUGACACCUUCGGUCGCCGAAUGCACCGUCCUUGAGUUUACGGUUGAUCCCGUUUGAGAUAAUGGCUUAAAGAGUUUCCGGUGUCAGGAUGAGCAUAUACUGGCUUUAAUGUGUGGCUGUUUAAGAAGUCCCGUCUGAGGAUACAUCUCCUUUCUCCAAGUCUCAUCAGCUGCAGUGUAGGUUCCAGUGACAGGCAGCCAUGUUUUGGAAGUUUGACUUGCACACAUCUUCUCAUCUGGAGGCCUUGCUGGACAAGGAGGAUGUCACACUCACAGAGCUUAUGGACGAGGAGGAUGUGCUGCAGGAGUGCAAGGCCCAGAACAGGAGACUUCUCCUGUUCCUUUGCCAAGACAACUGCAUGCAGGAACUAGUUCGCCUGAUCACAACAGAGCCCCCUGCUGGUGCAGAGGAGACGAAGCGCUUUAAGUACUCAAAUAUAGCGUGUGAGUUGCUGACAUGUGAUGUGGGAAUGAUCAAUGAGAAGCUGGGUAGUGAUGAGUCUCUCCUGGAAACUCUGUAUGCCUUCCUCGAGCAGCCAUCGGCACUAAAUCCCCUCCUAGCAUCUUUCUUUAGCAAGACGAUUGGAAACCUCAUCACGCGGAAGACUGAGCAGGUUAUUAGUUUCCUGCGGAAAAAGGAUGGGUUUCUUUCGUUGGUCCUAGAGCACAUCGAUACGUCGGCCAUGAUGGAUGUUCUCCUGCGCCUUAUCAGCUGUGUAGAGCCGGCGCCUCUUCGUCUGGAGACUCUGAUGUGGCUUAAUGAACAGAAGCUGGCCCAGAGACUCAUAGAGCUCAUUUAUCCUGGGAAAGACGAGGAGAAGCAGACAAACGCAUCUCAGACUUUGUGCGACAUUAUUCGGCUGAGCAGGGACCAGGCUGGGCAGCUUCAGGAGAUUUCACAGCCCGACCCUCUGCUGACUGUGCUGGAAUCGCAGGAGUGUGUUGAGCAGCUGCUGCAGAACAUGUUCUCAGGAGAGAAGAGCGAAAGCUGCAUUGUUAGUGGGAUUCAAGUGUUUUUGACAUUGCUGGAAAUACGAAGGCCCAUGGUGGAUGGGAUGAUGGAUGCCCAGGCGUUUGAGAGGAGUUACACUGUUAACAGCAGCAUUUUACUGGCCAUCCAGCCACACCUGACUCAUUUCCACCAGCUCCUUCUGGAGCCACCUAAGAGAGAGCCUAUGCUGACCACUUUAGGUGUUCUGGAGGAGCCGCUGGGUAACACGCGUCUGCAUGUAGCCAGACUAGUGGCUUCUCUGCUUUACACCAGCUCUGCCAGCCAUGCAGUCGUAGCACAAGAGCUCUGCAGACUCAACACUAUGGAUGUCCUUCUGGACUUGUUUUUCAAGUAUGUGUGGAACAACUUCCUGCACCUGCAAGUGGAGCUGUGUGUCGCUGCCAUCAUCCGGCCUUGUGCCCACGAAAUGAGGCUUCAGCCGGGUUUGGCUUCCAGUGACAAGUGCAAAACUCCUCAAGAAGGAUCCAAAGAUCAGACUUUGGCUGAAGACCCAUCCUCUGAAUCUCCCAGCUCCUCUGAAAACCCUGCACACAACUUGAUGGUGACCCAUUUGUUCCAGCACUGCCACCUUGUCCAGAGGAUCCUGGAGGCUUGGGAAGAGAAUGAUAAAAACCAGUCAGAAGGUGGGAUGAGAAGGGGGUAUAUGGGACACCUGACCAGGAUUGCCAACACAGUGGUCCACAACCUGGAGAAAGGUCCUAUCCACACCCAGAUUAGUAACCUUAUAUCAGAGCUGCCAGAGGACUACAGAGGGCGCUGGGAAACCUUUGUGGAACAAACACUGUCAGAAACCAACAGAAAGAAUACCAUCGACCUGGUUGGAAGUGGAAACCCUCGACCUUGCUCGGAAGAUGAUAUGGAGAGUCCUUUCCCCAAAGAACUGACAGUACAGCAGGCUUUUUCGGACUAUCAGAUCCAGCAGAUGACUGCUAACUUUGUGGAUCAGUUUGGCUUCAAUGAUGAGGAGUUUACCGACCAUGAUGACAGCAUUGGAGCCACGUUUGACCGGAUCGCAGAGAUCAACAUUAACAUUGAUGCCGGCCAGGACAAUGCUAACACAGCUGUGUUUGAGGCCUGUUCCAAGGAGAGAAUUCAGCCCUUUGAUGAUGACGAGGAGGACAUUUGGGAGGAAAAAGAGAUCAACUAUGCAAUACAAACUAAGUCGAGGAACAGGUUUGGCGGCUCACAGUCCUCCCAAAGCCAAGCAGAGAGUACUUGUCAGAGGACGGCAGCUUCGAGCACUGAGGCCCCAGACAGAGAAGCAUCCUCUGAUUCUGAGGAGGAGGAGCGUAAUGAUGAUCUGGAUCCUUUUUCAAGUCAAGAGCAGACAGAAACUGCAAAGAGCGUUGGCUGGGUUGCAGACUUUGGAGAGGUGAACUCUACCGCUCCUGCAGCCGGAGUUCCAUUUUCCCCAUGGGACACUCCGGUCUCCCAGCCAGCUGCAACAGAAGCCGAGGAUAAAGGCUGGGCAAAGUUCACCGACUUCCAGCCGUUCUGCUGCUCUGAAACAGGCCCCCGAUGCAGCUCUCCUGUCGAUUCUGACCUGAGCGGAUCAGAAAAUGUCAAACCAAACCCCAACCUCUCUGCAGCUUGUGUGUGGAGCGCUUGUGUGGCAAGAAAAGCUCCGCUGGUGGCAUCAGACAGCUCCUCCUCCAGUGGCUCUGACAGUGACGACGAAGACCGCAAGAAGCAGUCCAAACGCAGCGAGACGUCCACCACGGAGACCAUCACCACAGGUGCCGGCAAAGAGACCAUCCGGCUCACAGUGGACACCAAAAACGAGAGGGCAGUCUUCAGCAGUGAAGCUGACAAAGUGCCAGCAGACGGCCCGUCAAUCGCAGACACAGAAAAAGACAAAGAAAAGAAGCAUGGAAACUGUUCCAGCCCAGUAACAAGUACAGCUGAGCAGCCAGCUGCAGCCACACAGUGAGUGAGAGGAUGUAGUCGCCAGCGACGGGACUGGCCCGACCAUGCAGCUAAAGAAGACGCCACCAUCCCUCCAUCGAGCACACAGCCACCCACCUCUGCUUCCUGUUAGCAGUCCUCCAAUGACCUUUUGUUGUGUCUGUAAGUUGAUGGAAAACCCUCAUUUAUGUGGGAACCCCCUCAAAAAAAAAAAAAAAAAAAAAAAGUACUUUUGAUUGUGUCAGAGAGAUGAGACAUGCCUUCAAAAAAAAUUGAAAUUUGACAUUAAAUCAAGUUAUGGGUACGAUUCCCGGUAAUUUUUCUAACACAAGAUUUAACUGUUUACAAAUUAGUAAUCUAAUAACUAGCAGUCAAGCUUGCAAAACUAUAACAGUUCUUUUUUUGUAUUAAAUGUAAAUUCUGCUACUUUUCUUCAUGCUGUUUAAAUCAUUUCAAAUCAAUGUUUUAACUUGCACCAUUUGGAACAAACAUGCUCCUUUUCUUUACUCAGAGCGUCAUAUUUUGAAAGAAUCACGUCACUUCCUCUUCUGAAAGACUAACGUAGUUUAGGUGUGUGUGUGUCUGAGCUCCGUCUGAGAUGAGCGCAUUCUCAGGUUAAAGGCAGAAAGCACACCUGUGUGACACACAGCACGCACACAAUUCCGUAGACCUGCGUAUGUAUAAACAGCCAUACCUGCAAACACAUGCAAAAAAAAAAAAAAAAAAAACGAUCUGGUGGGGUGAAAAACAAACAACAGUGAUGACGUGCACAGACCAGUUCAUCCCACCCUCAAACGCUGUUUAAAUGUAAUAUUGUGAAUUUGAACCUGUAUUAGGUUGUGGUUUAUUCUUGGUAAUGCAUAAACAUAAUAUAAAUGUAAACAGUAUAUAUACAUUAUAUCUAUUUUUGGAAUAAAUCCAAUGUACGGAACGGAGGUUGUUUUGCAGGUUGCUCUGUGUGUGUGUGUGUUGUUGGAGGCAAUAAGGAUGUGUGUGUUUUGGUUGUUAGGUCAACAUGAGUUCCUGUUAUUUUUUAUUUUUAUUUUUUUUGCUCGAGCCCUUUCUACAUGCAGGUGUGAGAGUGAGCACGUCGUGUGUUUCGGUUGUCUGCAGGAUGUCUUCCAUAAAGUUUACCUUAAAGGAUAUUUAUCUGCAGAUUACAGCUCAGGUUGUAUUGUACGUUCAAUCAACAGUUUACUUCCCAAAUUUAGUCAAUUAUUGGUCAGUCACUUCCUGCCAUUCGCCCGUUUACAGAAGCAAUAUAGGUUAGAUAUUUUUAAAACAGAAUUUCCCAGUUAUUACAGUUUUUUAUGUAACACAUUUCAUACACGCGAACACUUUUAACUCUUUAAGAAUUAGUGUUUAAAUACAGAUCAUAACAUUCAAAUUUAAAAGAGUUGAUAAUUAUCACUUCAACCAUAAAAUGGCCUGAGCUGUAAUAAACCGGAAGUAUUCUCUAAAUCGGUGUGCCACACACUCACACCUUCCUCACCUUCUUUCUUCUCAUCUCUCUUUCUCAGGGAAGGAGUUGACUUUAGUUGCAUCAAUGACUAUGAAAUGAUUUACUUAAUUUAUUUUCAAAGCACUUUUUUGAACAGGCACUUUUGAUUUGUAUGCGACAGUAUAGCCCUCCUUGUAGUGGUGGGAGAAGUUUGACUUGAAGGAGGGAGCAUGUAGAUACUCUAGGUUUUUGUUUUUUAAUGCUUUCUGCCAAAGUGUGUCUUCCCAACAGGAUUACAGCUGAACUUCAUAUCCGCAGUAGUUUCUGGUCAUACAGGUGUAGAGUUCUCAAAUACAGUUUUUGAUCAAUCUUCCACUUUUUUUGUAAUAUAGAGUGUGCACUAAGACGAAGGCUUUAAAGUUUCAUCUUGGAUGACAGUUUUUGCUUUAAUCAGUUUGAAUCAGAAAGCAACUUUUUUUUAAAGUCAGAAGUAGAAAAUGAGAGAAAUACUUUUUUUUUUUUUUGUUUUGACAAGUACAGGGUUUCCCCUCCUUCACCAAACAUAAGCACUGUAUCCUACUGUGUGUGUGGAUUGAGGGCCACAUGGUGUGGGUUGUAGUUACGGGUACGUUGCAGCACUAAUGGCAUGUGGUACAGUAAGCUUUAAGUGCCAUUAAUUUGGAUAAAGCUGGAUUCUUAAAAAAAAACAAUAGGUUUUUAGGUUUCAUUAUUCAUUGCCCGUUUUGUACGUUGAGGUAUUUUCUUGUAUGUGUGUGUGUGUGUUUGAAGAUGUGGGGGGAAUUCUGGGAAAGAGUGAUGUAAUGUCAUUUUUUUUCUAUGUGAAGUGGACUGAUGCUCGUUUUAUUUUGAAGGAGUAAUGUGUCUCUUUCCUGUUGUCGGUUUAGCUUGUACAUUCAAAUAUUGAACCUAAUAAACGUGUCAAAACAA